AUGACGAACUCAGGUACUCCUCGCUUUCUCAUCCCUAAGUCCCCUGAGCCCGAGAAACAGACGGGGAAGGGGCGAAUCAUAGGAGAGAGUUUGAUGAAACCGACAUCACCUGCGGUGCUCGAAUAUCCUACGGGCAAAAGUGGCAACGAAAUACUAUCCCAUCUUAUAAACGAGGCCAUGAAAUUUCUCUGGAAACCAGAGGAAGAUCCAGAUCGAUAUUUUGACAACUAUAAAAAUUUCCUACGCCAUCGUGGAUCUAUACAUCUCCACAAAAUCGUUGAGUAUUGCAAGGAUGAGUUCGUGCGACAUUGGGCAUCCAAGUUGCCAUUCUUCCUCCGGUGGGUUAUCAGGAUAAACCCAUCACUGAUGGCGGCCACUACGAAAUUAGUGCAACACACUCCUCUCGUUUAUGCCAUACUCAGCGAGAAUCACGAGAUCGUUAAAGUCCUACUUGAAAUAGAAGAUAUGACAAGCAUGCUCCAGGUUGAGCCAGAAGUCAAGGGAACUUGUUUACAUGUAGCUAUAGAAGAGGAAUCACCAUCUACCAGUGUUAUAGCGAAGAAGCUUCAGAGCUUCCCAGAUGUCUUUCGUCGUACAAAUAACAAGGGAGAGACAUCUCUUCACGUGCUAGUAGCAUUCUUAGGAGAUGAGGUCUCUCCAAAUGCACUCGAAAAGAUCUUGACUCGAUUUCAGCAGCCAAACUCCACCGAAGACCCCCCUGUUGAAACAACAGAAUCAGAAGAGGAUAUAUUUUCCUCCCCGAAAUACCGACGCAGAGUGAUUGAGAACAUUCUCGAAUCGGUCCCGGCCGUCAUAAGUGAACAGGUCAAAACGGGCGAGGUGAAAGGACUGACACCAUACCAGUUACGAGUACACAAACUGCAAAAUUCAAACGAAGUCAAGGACUUUAUCGAUGCGUCACUCAAUGAUCUCAUUAUCAAAGGAGACGAGGAAGCAGAAAAGUUGAUGCGCUAUAUAAUCGUGGAGGACCCUAUUGCAAAGUAUCUCCGUACAUUCUGUGUUCGCACUCUCAAAGACCACGAUGAAAUUGUGAAAGCAUUGUAUGAACAUGGUAAAGAACGACAGAUUAGCUUUGAUCUAGCUGGUCUGCCAAGCCCUUCAAUCUCCGAAGACUUUCUUAGAGAGCUUGCAAAGCACCUUGAAUUUGAAAGUAUUCUUAGCUACGUUGCAUUACCGGCACUUGAGGUCACUCCAUCUAAACGCUCAUCAUUACACCGGAGAAGCAAGGGCCAGAAACAUGACGACAAGACAUAUUCGGACUUGAGGACUAUCUUCGAAUGGCUGGAGGAACAUGGAGUUAAACGAAUCGUAAAGGUAACAGUACUUGACAAUCGGGACAAGAGCCAUUAUGACUCUGUGAUCUCUAAAGCCGUCGCCGGGUUUCAGGUUGAGCACUGGAAUUGGAAAAAGAUAGAUCUCAGCAGUGAGGUAAUUUCAAAUUCUAGUAAUAUUGUGCAAGAAAUAUCGCUAUACUGGACAGGUAACCAUGCAGUCAUGAUGGGAUGGGCCAGCGCACAGGGCUUCAAUGAUGUGAGCAAGUUUUCAAAGCUAGAACGCAUUAAGCUGUUUGUCAAAGAGGGCUAUGAAGUACCCGAUAUUCUCAAAAAGAACAUACGACGAUUUAAGGAACAAAUGAGAUUCAGAGACCCGAGCAUUGACCCCGAAAAUCCCCCACAGGAGCAGUCAAAUCUGAGAGAAGCAAUGCGCCUGGACUCCGGAACAACUAAUGACAAGUCUCGCCCGAGGCAGGUCCAAGUAAUGGAAAUUUUUGACGAUGAGGAAUUCAGUUACGCCUCAGACUUCAAGAGUAGUGACGAUUUUAAGGGAGAAGAAAACUCAUGGAUACGUUCAAUGGAACACUUUUCCAAUUUCCUGCAAAGGAUAAAACCAACGAACGCCGCGCCUAUAAAGAUUGCCAUUAUCGACGACGGCAUUGACGCGACCAUACCGGACAUUCAACGCAGAAUAGCAGUCGGGAAGACGUUCUCACCGUACCCAAAUUCUACUGAAUUCAUGAACGCAUACUUUGUUCCAAGGGGUCUUCAUGGAACUUUAAUGGCUAGGCUCAUCUGCAAGAUAUGUCCCAAACCAAAGUUGUUCGUUGCUAGGUUAGAAGAGCGUCUAGCCGAUGAUGGAAGCUCGCGUUUCACACCCGAGUCAGCCGUGCAAGCUAUCGAAUGGGCUGAGGCCUGCGGAGUAGAUAUUAUUUCCAUGAGCUGGACAAUCGAAACUCGUCAGGAGACCGGGGAAAUUAAGCAACUGAAAAAGAUCAUUAACGAGGUGGGUGGAGAAAACGGCGCUCGCACUGGAAAGCCCCCUAUCUUCCUAUUUGCUUCUGCUAGUGAUCAAGGUGGCCAUAUUGGCGAUGCCUCUUACCCUGGUGACUUGAGACCCCCAUGCUUUCGCAUUGGUGGUUCAUCUGAGCGCGGCGAGAAACUACCUUGGGUGAAUCGGGAUAUGGUAGAUUUUCUCCUUCCGGGACAGAGGAUUCCAUUUCAUGACCGCGAGAAGGACUCUUUUACCUACGAGACUGGCAGUUCUCUAGCCACCGCGUGUGCUGCUGGCUUAGCAGGCCUUCUACUCUACUGCGAAAGAGUUCUUGGCGAAUCCAACAGGAUUAUCAACCGUGGAAAAAUGGAAGAAGCUUUCCAAAAUUUGGUUUCUCCCAUCGCCCCGAAGUUCCCGGACGUGUCCACCAAGCUCGAACAAGGACUACUCGAGGAGGUGAAGCGACAAACUAGAGACAAGAGUAUCCAAUCUUCCUCCAUGGGUCUUGAGGGCCUCGAUUGGGAUGAGAAGCAAGUAAAGGACGCUUUUGCAGCCCUCAUGAAUCGUAUUUUGCCCCCGAAUCAGCCAUGGGCACGGAAUUACAGUACUUAA